AAUUUACUGAAUUCAGGUGUUCUCACAUGCCUUCUGAUCCUGUGUUCGAAUUUCUGUGAUCGGUUUCGAAAAUUCGUCAAUGGGUUCGGGAAAUCAUGUUUUUAUCGUCGAUGUUAGCUCAGACGAAGAGGAAGUUGAUACACGGGUAGACCUAGACUACUCCAGUUGGCUCAAUGAUGUUAUGGAACCCGUCGAUGAUAAAUCUGACAGUACCGAUAUAGUCGAGGUGCUUUCUGAGGUUAAAGGUGGUGUCGAUUCUCAGUAUCGGAAGCCAAAUUCGUCAAAUCAAGCUUUGGAAGAUGAUGACGAUUGUGUGAUUUUGGAUUGUGAUCCCGACAAGUCGACGAAGACUGCUUCAAUUGACGACGAUGAUGAUGAGAAGUUAGCAAAGAAUGAUGAUGAUGAUGAUGAUGUGCUCGUGGUGGGUCAAAAGGGUGAGAUAGCAUGUAGAGAUUUCCCACAUCCUCGACAUUCGUGUGCUAAGUACGCGUUUAACUCAACCUCACAUGAGAAGUACUGUGACAUGUGUCACUGUUAUGUGUGUGACAUUCGUGCUCCGUGUCCAUACUGGUGUAUUGCUGUCUCCUCCAUAGAUCAUUGUCAUGCUAAUGAUAAAGAGAAGAUAUGGAAGAAUCAACGUGAAUACUUCAGGACGGGAUACAUGCCUACCCCACCGACUUCGAAACCUACUCCAAGUAUCUUACGGGUGUCUAAAAACACUUUGCUUCGGAACCCGGUUGAGAUCCGGCGUUGUUCAUCAUCUACCCGUGUUGCUAAUCCCUCAAGCGUCAAAGCCAGGCAUAGAAUCAGGCAACCGAUUCCUCACAAUCAAGGGUUGCAGAGUCAACCGGCGCAGUCAUUGAGCGGUGUUCGCAACAGCGUGAUCCAAAAGGAUAGAAGCUCUUAUAAGUUUAGCCUACGAUCCCGAGUAGCCUCUUCUGCGGGAAAUGGUAACAGCAUCCGAUAUAGCAAUGCUCAAGUUUCACAAUCCAGCCACAAUAGCUCUUCCUUAGUGGCACCGACAAAAAACCCGGAAAUGUACACUCAACAACGCAAUUACCAGCCCAAUGUUAGUGAUCAUUGCACAUUGCUACCUGGUUCACAGAGCAAUAUGUACACUCGACAGUCAGACCAGAACAUACGUGGUAGUGGAAAUCGUCAGCCAAAUGUGAAUCUGUUUGCUCCGUCGGAAGCUCCUCUUACUGCUGCAGAUCCACAAACAGAGACGGUACAACAGCAACCAGGGACAAAUGAAAACGUCUUGGAGACCAAACUAUCGGAAUUUGAGAACUGGCUAAUGGAAAAUCCUAACCAAACCGGCGCGGUUAGUCCGUUGCCUCAACCGGUAGGUGAAGACUAUGUUGAUACGUUGUUAUUUGAUUUCGAAACCUUCUUGAAUGAUUAAAACAUAAGUGUAGUUUGUAAACUUUGUAUCCUCGUCCAUAGGGUAACUUUCCUCACUGAUUGUAUUUUGUAGAGUUAGUGUAGUAGAUGGUUUAAUUACAAUUUCGAUUGUGUGUAUAAUUAUUUAGCUGCUACUAGUACAUCAUCAUAAAAUUAAAGUAAAAGUACCUGUUUGUC